AUGACUAAAACUAACAAUCGUCAGGCGGUCGACAAGAACUCAUUAGAUUACGUUGUGCGGUCCGGCCUUGCUGGAGGUGUAUCUGGUUCUUGUGCAAAAACACUCAUAGCCCCUCUGGAUCGAAUAAAAAUUUUAUUUCAAACGUCGAAUCCCCAUUAUAGUAAAUAUGCGGGAUCCCUGGUUGGACUUUAUGAGGCAGCAAAGCAUAUUUGGAUAAAUGAUGGUAUUCGUGGGUUCUUUCAAGGCCACUCGGUAACUUUAUUGAGAAUAUUCCCAUAUGCUGCUGUCAAAUUUGUGGCAUAUGAACAAAUUAGGAGUAUACUAAUACCAUCGAGAGAAUAUGAAUCUCAUUGGAGAAGACUUGCCAGCGGUUCAUUAGCAGGAUUAUGCAGUGUGUUCAUAACUUAUCCUUUGGAUUUGACUAGAGUACGACUUGCUUAUGUAACGGAACACAAAAGGGUAAAACUAAGAGACAUAGUGAAGACAAUAUACCAUGAACCAGCAUCGGAAGGGCUAACUUCGCAUUUGCUUGUGCCAAAAUGGUUUGCCCAUUGGUGUAAUUUCUACAGAGGCUAUGUACCAACCGUUCUUGGCAUGAUUCCUUAUGCUGGUGUUUCUUUUUUUGCUCACGAUUUAAUUCACGAUAUCAUGAAAUCUUCAUUAAUGGCGCCAUACGCUGUCAAACAAUUAUCUAGUCAAGAAGAGUUAGAAAGAAAAAAAUUGAGGCAGAAAACUCCGUUAAGAACUUGGGCAGAAUUAGUUGCCGGAGGUCUGUCUGGUAUUUUAUCUCAGACAGCUGCCUAUCCCUUAGAGAUUAUAAGAAGAAGAUUACAAGUCAGCACUUUGAGUCCGAGGAAGAUGUACGACCACAAAUUUCAGUCAAUCUCCAGUAUUGCGAGAAUAAUCUACCAAGAAAAAGGCUGGAGAGGAUUUUUUGUAGGUUUAAGCAUUGGCUACAUCAAAGUUACGCCAAUGGUGGCAUGCAGCUUUUUUGUUUAUGAAAGAAUGAAAUGGCAUUUGGGUAUUUAG